GUUUACUUUUUGAAAAAGCACCUGUGGAUACUGAAUUGUUGAUUUGAAGUGAAAAGGAAAUAAAUUGUGCCGCAAUGAGUAAAAGAAUUGAGAUGCGAAUCCUGGUAACCGGUGUGGGCCCCCAUGUCUCAUUUUGUGAAACGUUUACGAGAGUAUCGAAGAAUUCACAUGUGAACGACAACAAUGUUUACGGUUCCUGUUACUUGCCAGCAAGCGGAAUGAAAGUAGUAAAAUUGGGAAGAUUCGUUUACGUUCUGAAAUUGAGGCUGAUGUGGGGGGAAGAUUCCGAAUCGGCUCCAAAAAGACAAACCGAUGCAGUGGAAUUGUUUGUAAAGCUGAGAAACUUCUUGACGAUCGAGGAAUUCGAGGAAGAUCCGCAGUGUUUUCAUCUCUUUUUGGUUGAUGGUUCCUCCCAGAGAAUGAAUGAGGCUAAAGGAUUGCAGAAAGGCAGCCUCAGAAAGGUAGGAUUUUUCCUUUUACACAGGUGUAUUAUACAAAAAUUUGUCUUUCCCUUUAAAAAUUUCUUAUCGCGCGUUUAUCAAAUUCAUUAA